AUGGCGUCAAGUGACGAUGAGCAUAGUGAAAACGAGAGUAUCAAAAGUGACAAAAGUAAUAGUUUAACAGAAAAUUAUUAUAAAUGUUGUGCGAAAAAAACAUGCACUAUACAAGUAUGUAUAAAUUGUGAAGGUAUUUUUCACGGUUCCUGUGUGAAAAAGAAAAAUAUUAAAGUUCUUAGUAAACGUCAUAUAGAAUGCUGUGAUAAGAUUCCUGACAAACAGAAGAAAAUGAAUAGAGAAGAAAUAUUGGAACUCAAAAUUGAAUAUAUGAGUAAGUUACUUGCUGAAUGCCAGGAAAAGAACGAAGUAUUAAAAGAAAACAAUUCACUUUUAAAAGAAAAUAAUAGGUUAUUAUUAUUACAAUUGAACUCCAUAAAUAAAAAAAGUGAAACAAAAAAUAUAUCAGAAUAUGCCAACAUUGUGAAGAGUGGAUGUCAAAAUGAUAUAAACAAUAAAAUAGUUCCAAAAAUAUUAGUUCAAACAUCUGACAGAAGUAGCGAGAGACCUAACAAACAUAACCUAAGCGUUGACCAGCGAACGCAACUUGGGAAUAAACAAACAACUCGGAACCCUACGCAUAAACAAGAUAUACCUAUGGCUGUAGAGAUUAAGAAUGAUAACAACAAGGCAGAAAAAGGAGAUGAUUUCAUACAAGUACGAAGAAAAAAAUAUCACAAAAGACUGGGCACUGCAACUAUGUCAGAAGAAGUAAUAAAAACAGGGUUUUCAGGAGCGGAGAGGAAGCACCAUUAACCAGAAAAGAUAAUUUAUACGAACCAUCAUUCUGGCCACCAAAUGUAGGAAUCAGAAGAUUUAAUUUUGAUAUAUAUAAAAGGAAUAAUGGAGGGCAUUUUUUAGUUCAAUAAAUGACGACUGCAAGAGAC